AUGAUCGUGACAGGGGACAAUGGUCUGGGACACGAAAGUGCUGGGGUGGUACUGGACAUGGGAGAUUCCGUGACACGUUUCAAACCUGGCGAUCGAGUCGCCAUGGAGUGUGGCAUUCCGUGUUCGAAGCCGACCUGCGAUUUCUGCCGCACCGGAAGGUACAACGCCUGCCCCGAGGUGGUUUUCUUCUCUACGCCCCCGUAUCACGGCACCCUACGACGAUACCAUGCCCAUCCGGAUUCUUGGCUGCACCGGCUUCCGAACCAUGUUUCAUUUGAGGAAGGGUCCCUGGGUGGAGCCCCUCUCUGUUGCGCUGGCCGGUAUUGA